CACCCGCCGCCCAGAGGGCGUCCUUUGCAGACAUCCCUGCACUCAAUUCCCACCGCUGACUAUGGCUUCUGCAGCAGCAGAGGGGGAGAAGGGGUCUCCGGUUGUGGUGGGACUGCUCGUGGUGGGCAACAUCAUUAUUCUGCUGUCGGGCCUGGCCCUGUUUGCUGAGACGGUAUGGGUGACAGCUGACCAGUACCGCGUGUACCCGCUGAUGGGCGUCUCAGGCAAGGAUGAUGUCUUCGCGGGCGCCUGGAUCGCCAUCUUCUGCGGCUUCUCCUUCUUCGUGGUGGCCAGCUUCGGGGCGGGCGCAGCGCUCUGCCGCCGCCGGUCCAUGAUCCUCACGUACCUGGUGCUCAUGCUCAUCGUCUACAUCUUUGAGUGCGCCUCCUGCAUCACGUCCUACACUCACCGCGACUAUAUGGUGUCCAACCCAUCCCUGAUUACCAAGCAGAUGCUGACCUUCUACAGUGCAGACACAGACCAGGGCCGGGAACUAACUCGCCUCUGGGACCGCAUCAUGAUUGAGCAAGAGUGCUGUGGCACAUCUGGUCCCAUGGACUGGGUGAACUUCACAUCGGCCUUCCGGGCGGCCACCCCGGAGGUGGUGUUCCCCUGGCCCCCACUGUGCUGUCGGCGGACGGGCAACUUCAUCCCCCUCAAUGAGGAGGGCUGCCGCCUGGGCCACACGGACUACCUGUUCACCAAGGGCUGCUUCGAGCACAUCAGCCAUGCCAUCGACAGCUACACAUGGGGCAUCUCGUGGUUUGGAUUUGCCAUCCUGAUGUGGACGCUGCCUGUGAUGCUGAUAGCCAUGUAUUUCUACGCCACGUUGUGAGGAACCAGAAGGCCACGUGCACGGGUCGGCCUCUUCCUCCUGUUCCUGUUUCCUCCGGCUGAGGACUGGAUGGCCGCCCCGCCUCUCCCCUUCCUGCCUCCCUCAAGCUUCCCCCCUUCCUCACCAAAGACCUUUUACCAGGUUUCUGAGCCCUGCUGGGACUCAGGGGUGCCCUGAAACCCCUGGACAUGUGUGCGUGGACCCUUAGCCCUUGACCUCAUUUCACUUUGCUGAUUCCUGGCCCAUCUUUCAGUGUCAACAUCAAGUCCUGUCCUCGGAGGACCUUCCGGGAUCCCACCACCCCAUCUCCAAUGCCUGUCAGCUCCAUGACCGAUGUUGCCAUCAUUGCUAAAUAGUUAGGGGUUGUUUAUUCUCUGGUGGACUAGGGUUGCCAUGAGGGGAGGACCAAGCUCUGUCACGGUCACUGUAUUGUCCCCAGCAUCACCCAACGGAGGGCUGAGCAUGGAUAUUCAAUAAAUGCUGGUUGAACAAA